AUGCUUACUGCCCUUACUGACAAGAGCACUAUUGAGGAAAAAGAAUUCUUUGUUAAAUGGGAUAGAGCAUAUCACAUGUGUAUGCAAGCCCUUAAGGGAUCUGUUUUUGAGCAUCUAUCAAGUGGGUUGCAAAAGACUGAAAUUGCUAAGGAACUUUAUAAAGCGGUAGGUGAAAGAUACCAAAAAUCUAGUAAGUUUAAGGUUGGGAACCUUAUGAGUGAGCUUAAGAGUAUGAAGUAUGAUAGUGUUGGAGGGGUCAGGGAUUUUAUCAUGAAAAUGGUCCACAUUCAAACUAAAUCGGCUUCCCAUGACAUCACCCUUCCUAACAAGUUUAUUGUCCAUCAUGCCCUUAAUUCCUUACCUAUUGAGUUUACUCAAAUCAAAACUACCUAUAAUGAUGUGAAUGAGGUUUGGAGUGUUAAUGACCUUAUUUCUAAGUGUGUCUUUGAGAAAGAAAAACUCAAGAAAGAAAAGAGUGAGAGUGCCUUACUUACCACAAAUUCAAAACCUUACUACCAAAAGAAUUUUAAGAAACCUAAAAAUGCUCCUAAGCAGGACAAUAAAGGGCAUGGUAAUGGCUAG